GGUGGUCAAGUGACCAAAUCUAAUCUUCUGGCAAAGAAUAAAGUACUGUAAAGAAUGACAUGGAAAAUUGCUUUAAACUGAUUCCUCGUAACUGUUACAAUACGUACAGUUCAGUAGUUCUUGCUUUGUUUGUAGCAAUUGGUGUGGUUCUGGUUGGAAUCGCGAGUGUUUUCGAGGCGAAAUCAAGUCUAGAAUGUGACCUCACGAGCUCGUUAUUGAAGGGGAAGUACAUUGAAACACAAUGUCGUCUUCAAUAUGCCCAAGAAUUCCUCCCUUCGUUACCUCUCAAUGUCCAGAUUGUGAUAAGUUUUGGACUUGUCGUUGUAUGUAGUGUCGUGUACGGUUACCUGGUGAAACAUAGAGUGGACAUCUUCACAAAUAAUUCAAACACAACGACGAACGAGGGCGUAGAAGAAAGCCAGCCAUUACAGUCUGGAGCAUCACCAGCCGCACCAGUGGCGUAUCGCGGUUGUAAUCGUUAUUUUGUUUUCAUGGCUUACACAAUCCAUUUAAUCGUUUGUCGUAUAAUACCACUGACAAUAUUCUCAGCAUUUCUGUUAAUCCCAGCCAAUAUUCCGACCCAUUUUGAAUGUCCUUUGCCCAAUAUGAAAACAACAACUAGUACUUCCCAUGAGAACGUUACAAGAUCAACUAGGAAUAUUUCAUUUGUGGACUGUACUUAUUCAACCGGUGGGAAGAAACAACAAGUUGUUGUCGGCUUCAUCACGAUUAAUUUUCUCGUCGAUGCAGUGACAAUCGUUGAGAUUGUUUAUCUGUUUUGGUCGGCAUGGAAGAGACCCACUUUCCAUACUGAUCAGGAGUUCAUUAGCGUGUACCUUUUAAGAAAGCGUACAGAAACAAUACCAGAGGUAAUCCAAAUAAUUCGGGCAGAUCAAUCUCAAAACUUAUUUAACGUGCAUGACGACUUUGGAGGAAGUCGCAAGUCUCAUCGAAAACUGGAGGAGAUAUAUAUCAAUGUUUUAAUUCAAGAUGGAAGGCAAAACACAUACAAUUCCAGAAAAAAAUAUAAAAAUAGACAUGAGAUUUACGAAAUUCAUGUAGAAAAACCCCCUAAUGCAAAACUUCUUGAAAGUACAGCACAAUUAUUUCAAGCAGAAAAAGCUGGUGAAAACCAUCCUAGGACUGUUCUUGUAGUUGGCAGACCUGGUAUCGGGAAAACUUUGCUGACAGAAAAAAUAUUUAAUGAAUGGCAACAAGAAGAAACAUCUGGAUUCUGGCAUGAAAAAAUUGUGACAUUAGUACAAUUUCGUAAUUUUAACAAGAGCAAAACAAGUCUUCGUGAAAUAUUGAGUCAUGCUCAUGGUCAAACUCAGUUCAAGAACAUGACCAACUAUGAAUAUAUUUGCCAGAAUCCAAGUAAUGCCAUUCUUGUUUUUGAUGGCUUAGAUGAACUUCAAAUUGACAAUGAGUGUUUAAAUGAUAAAAAGAUUAUAAACAACCCAGAUGAAAAGACCCACAUGUUUGUGAUCUUUAAACAGCUGGUUGAAGGAAAAUUAUUACCUGGAGCCACUGUGUUAACCACAUCUCGACCCACUGCAGAACAUAUCUAUGAAAGCUGUCAAUUUAAUCGACAAGUGGAGAUAUUGGGUUUUAAUAAGGAGCAAAUAAAAAAGUAUGUUGAAAAGUUUUGCAAAGAUGACACAAGAAGUUCAGAGAUGUGGCAGGUAAUCAAGAGUUCACCAGAACUGUUAAGCUUCUGUUACAUACCUGUCAACUCCUAUAUAGUGUGCUUGACAUUGAGUGAGAGCAUUGAUUUUGGUGAAGACGUGGAGGAUGAAAGCUACAGCAAGAUUCCUAAAACAAUAACUGAAUUGUACAAAAGAGCUAUAAGAAUUUUGCUGUUCAAACACAAUUCAAAACACAGGAAUAAACCAGUAGAAAAGGAUUAUCUGACUGUGGAACUUCCAGAGCUGCUUCAAAAGGACCUGGACAAGUUGAAGAGAAUUGCAAGAAAUGGAAUGGAAGAAGACAAGUUAGUUUUUGAGUUUAAAACCAGUGAUAAAUCUGUGGCUGGCUUAUCAGAUUCUGGUGUGUUCAAUCAAUUGGAAGACAAAAGACGAAAUAUUUUCUCUUUUCUUCAUCUUACAAUUCAAGAGUUUCUGGCUGCACUACAUGUGGUUGAUGAUAUAAAAAAUGUUGAAAGAUUUUUAGAAGAUCACAUUGAUGAACCCAGGUGGCAUUUGGUGAUCCAAUUUGUAGCUGGGUUACUUGGAGAUAGGAUGAGAGAGUUAAGGUCAGCAGAGCAUGAAGACAGUAUAGUGAUUGAACGUAUAUGCAAAAGAUUUCAAGACUGGAUGCCAAAGAAACGACGUAUUGACGAGAGUAAUGACAAAGGUUUGCUCGUGGUAAAAAGUGUUUGGGAAAUGCAAGAAGAUAGCGUCAUGAAAAUGAUUUCGUCGUUUGCGUCUGAGGAUGACGACUCGUUUGCGUCUGAGGAUGAUGACUUGUUUGCAUCUGAGGAUGAUGAUGAAACAUUUUAUUUGGAAGGAUUAAAUAUUGCACCAGCAGAAUCUACGGCUUUGUUCAAAUUUUUAAACCACAUCAAGAACUUGAAACAGCUUCGCAUCCGUCAAUGUAUUGUGACGAACAUUACUAUCCGUGAAUUGGCUGAGUUUUUGAAGAAAGAUAACCAUGGCCUGGAGAGUGACAACUGUAAACUUACUGAACUAGAUGUAAGUUACAAUGAUUUAAAAACUGAAGGUGUUAAAUAUUUAAGU